ACACGAGCCCAUAUAAAAACGGGUCAUGUUGCAGCUGGUAGAUCCGGUAGCAGGUCAUUUUCCACCGACGAUCUUCUUCUCCGAUCAACAAUCAAUGAUGCAGAAUUAGUUGUGGUUUCUGCACUUCCCUUCCUUCUCACUCUUCCCCUCCCAACCAAACACGCCUUUAUCUCUCUCUCUCUUCUCUCGUACACACACAGAGAAGAGAUCCGGAUAGGCGGUGCUCACUAAGCAUACAAACUAAUUGCUACUUCUUCAUCUGCAUUUUCUCUAUUUCACGCUCACUGCGUGAAGUAGUGUGUGAAAAAAAUGAUGGAGAGGGAGCUAUCGGACGAAGAGGAGGAUCGGGAGAAUCUGAUUUCGCAAAAUGCCAGGCCAAACGACGUCGUGAAGUCGCCCGAUCACCACAACCACCGCUCGGCUUUCCGAAUCGACGACGAAUUGAGGAAUCGAGUCUCCGGCGCUGCGCGCAGGUUCAAUAAGAGGUACAUUCUCGCGAUUUUUCUGCCCGUGGUGAUUUUGGUAGUGUAUCUAACUACUGAUUUGAAGAAUGUGUUCCGGAUGCGUGUGCCGUCGAUUAGAGAUAUUGGGGGAAAUGGUCCUUUAGCCAAUCGGAUGCGUGAGUCCGAGCUGCGUGCUCUGUAUUUGCUUAAGCAGCAGGAAAUUGAGCUUGUUAAGAUGUGGAAUUAUACUACAUUGGUGGGUAGAUCGAAUUUUAGCUUGGUAAAUAAUAGUGAUUCGGUGAAUUUGAACUCUGGUAAUGAUAAUGGGGUGUUGGAAGGCUUGAGAUCGCGAGUUUUUGGUCAAAUUUCGUUGAAUAAGCAAAUUCAAGGGGCUCUGUUGUCGGCUCAUGAGAGUGAGGGUUCUGUGGAUUUGUCUGCAAAUUACACGGACUCGAGUUUGUCUGAUUGGACUAGCUGCAAGAAGGUGGAUCAGAGGUUGUCAGAGAGGAAGACAAUAGAGUGGAAUCCUAAAUCAAACAAGUAUUUGUUUGCUAUUUGUGUAUCAGGCCAAAUGUCGAAUCAUUUGAUUUGUUUGGAGAAGCAUAUGUUCUUCGCGGCUCUGUUGAAUCGGGUGUUGGUGAUCCCGAGUUCAAAGGUUGAUUAUGAGUUCCAUCGGGUGUUGGAUAUUGAUCACAUUAAUAAGUGCUUGGGGAGGAAAGUUGUGGUGACAUUUGAGGAGUUUGCAGAGAGCAAGAAGAGCCAUUUGCAUAUAGACAAGUUUUUGUGUUAUUUCUCGUUUCCACAGCCGUGUUUUAUGGAUGAUGAGCGUGUGAAGAAGUUGAAGGGGUCGGGGGUCUCUUUGAGUAAGGUCGAGGCUGUCUGGAAGGAGGAUGUUAAGAAGCCAAAACAGAGGACAGUCCAGGAUGUUUUGGCAAAGUUUUCUUCAGACAGUGAUGUCAUUGCAAUUGGAGAUGUGUUCUUUGCUGAUGUCGAGAGAGAGUGGGUAAUGCAGCCGGGAGGUCCGAUUGCACAUAAAUGUAAGACUUUGAUUGAGCCGAGUAGGUUUAUUUUGCUCACUGCUCAACGUUUCAUACAGACAUUCUUGGGAAAAGACUUUGUGGCUCUUCAUUUCCGGCGCCAUGGCUUCUUGAAAUUCUGCAAUGCUAAACAACCGAGCUGCUUCUAUCCUGUUCCGCAAGCUGCAGAAUGCAUUAACCAAGUUGUUGAGAGGGCUAGUACUCCAGUGAUAUAUCUCUCUACAGAUGCUGCAGAGAGUGAAACUGGUUUACUUCAGUCACUUGUUGUCUUGAAUGGGAAGACCGUACCACUUGUUCGGAGACCAGCUCGUAAUUCAGCUGAAAAAUGGGAUGCUUUAUUAUACAGACAUGGCCUUGAGGGAGAUUCACAGGUUGAGGCAAUGCUGGACAAGACUAUUUGUGCUCUUUCUUCCGUCUUCAUUGGAUCUUCUGGAUCCACUUUCACUGAUGAUAUUCUACGCCUGCGCAAGGACUGGGGAUCAGCAUCACAAUGUGACGAGUACUUGUGCCAGGGCGAACUUCCAAACUUCAUCUCAGAAGAUGAGUGAGCUCGGAUCUUGUACAUUCAUGAAGUUGAGUCACACUACUAAGUCUACUUGCUUGAACUGCUCAAUUUAUUUUCCUUUUUGGUGGAAUCCGUUGAAUGUGCUGCCAUGGGAGACCCAAGGAGACGGCUAACCACCCUGGAUUUCGCAACGUAUUUGUUUGGACAUGUGAAUCGCUGGUGUAAAUUUGAUAUUACCUUGAUUUAUCUUGUUCCAUAUGUAAUAAGAGCUUCAGCCAGAAAUUGCUGUUUGUUUUGUAAUUUUGUUCUUCUAUUAUUCCUCAAGAGAGUUAGCUUAGUUGGUGUCUGUUUGUUGUAUACACUGCCCUUUAAUCUUAGCCUAGUUCAGCUUAUGUACAUUACGGUGCCCUCGUACCCAAAUUUUGAAUUCAUACCUUAUCUAUCACUUCUCAUUA